UCCCCUCCCUCUGCAGAGUUGGGAGCUCUCCCUUUCUGCGGCCAGCUCGCCUUGACACUGGCGCAGAACCUCAGUACAAACCUUUACCAUAUUUUUCCGGCAUAUAACUAGAAUUCACACCCGUACUUUUCACACAUCCUUUUCCGGAGUCAAGCGUUGGAGCGGCCUCGUCUAGAAUGGGGAACCGAGACGAUGAAUACGAUUUCUUGUUCAAAGUUGUGUUAAUUGGGGACUCGGGCGUAGGGAAGAGCAACCUGCUCUCUCGAUUUACAAGAAAUGAGUUCAACCUUGAGAGCAAGAGCACUAUCGGGGUGGAGUUCGCCACGCGGAGCAUUCAGGUGGACGGCAAGACGAUAAAGGCUCAGAUCUGGGAUACAGCAGGACAGGAGCGCUACAGAGCCAUCACCUCGGCAUACUACAGAGGGGCAGUGGGGGCACUCUUAGUGUAUGACAUAGCCAAACACCUGACCUAUGAGAAUGUGGAGCGCUGGCUGAAGGAGCUGAGGGACCACGCCGACAACAACAUUGUCAUCAUGCUGGUCGGCAACAAGAGCGACUUGCGCCACCUCAGGGCCGUGCCCACAGAUGAGGCCCGGGCCUUUGCAGAGAAGAACAAUCUGUCAUUCAUAGAAACUUCAGCCUUGGACUCAACAAACGUUGAAGAAGCCUUUAAGAAUAUUCUUACAGAAAUCUACCGCAUCGUCUCACAGAAACAGAUUGCUGAGCGGUCUGCCCAUGACGAGUCUCCAGGAAACAACGUAGUGGACAUCAGCGUGCCACCAACCACGGACGGCCAGAGGGGGAGCAAACUGCAGUGCUGUCAGAACCUGUAACCCAUGGCAACCAUCUCUCCUCACUUAGGUUGACUAUUAAUUGAAAUCCGCAGUGUUGGUUUGCUUCCAUCUGCCUGGGGUGCAAUAGUGUCGGAAUCCGCACUUUUUAGAUCAGCGGAUUCACUUCUGUUAUGCCACAAAUGAUCAGUCCCAGAAAGAAGUGUUUGAACUGAUUUCAAAUUGUAAUCAUACCCAGGUACAGUCUGCUACAUUCUAGUGCUAAGACAGGACUGAUGGUACCGCGUAAGUAGCUGCCACAGUUACCUAUGAUGGCAUAGCAGAAAGGCCUUGCCUGACACCUUGUAUGUAUGCCUCAACAUCUGUCGGGUAGGUGGUUACUGCCAGAUGUUCCAGGCCUAAGAAUAAGUCCUGCCUGUUUCAGGUGUACCAGCAGUCCUGUUUAUAAGCUCCCCUCCUCCUCCUUCAGUCAUCAUCUCAAAAGUGGUCGUGACGCUGCUGAUGCUUAUUUCAUUUUGUGUAAAAUAUAUUUUGUUUCUUUUGAUAGCUUGUCUGCUCACAUACAUUAUAUUAAUGCCAUGAAAUAAAAUUUUACA